AUGGCCCUGCACAACUACAUCUACUUGAAGCACAAGUCACAUGACCCGGAGUGUCAGACACUCAUAGCGCGGGCACACGAUCCCAGGCCAAUCCCCAGGCCCAUGCAGAAUCUCAAAGCCAGCGGAACUCCUGUCAGCCCAAAUGUCACUGUAAAAACCAAGAAAGACGGAGAAUGCUGCGGUAAGUGUCAGGGAAAAUGCACGGGUAAGAAAAACAAGAUCGCGGAGAUCGCAAACUUAGCCUGGUAG